AUGAGGGGUGUAUUGUAUAUACUACUACUGGCCACUGUAGCACUCGCGUGUGACAACUGUGCGAAAUGUGAGAAUGAGAAGUGCAUGAAGUGUAAUGCGGGGUACAUUCUUAUUGGCGAGAAGUGUGUCGAAGGCAACAGUAUCUUGAGUGAUUGUGAAGAGUACAAUACGGAGGGGUUUGGGUGCAAGAGAUGUGUCGAAGGGUAUACCCCAACGAUAAGUGGGUUAUGUUUCAAGUGUGAGCAUGUCUUUGGACCAGACUGUUUGACGUGUAACCCCACGAGUUCUGAGACAUGUACCAAAUGUAGGGAUGGUGCUAUAUUAACACGAGAAGGUGCAUGUAUCUUCUGUAACAAGUACUUCAGGCAGUGUUCUGAGUGUGAUGGGAAUGCCAUGAGAUGUACCAAAUGUACGAAUGGGAGAAAGCCCGACAAUGGAUUUUGUUAA